GUCAGUGAGAAGCGAUAGACGGCCCGUCCUGCCGAUGCACGAUGGGGUUGCUCAACUGGACCAAUAUCAACCCCCAGUCCAGGGUGAUGAAGCCCAUCGAGGAGUUCGACGGCCCCCGGCUGGGGUGGAACGUGCCCCCCGAAGAGCUGAUAUACGUGCCGGAGCACUGGCUGGCCUACCCAGACGUGGACAAGUCCCUGCAUCUGCUGCUCGGCAUGGUCUACUUCUUCUUCUUCGUCGCCUCCCUGAUCGGCAACGGGCUGGUCUUGUGGAUUUUCUCAUCAGCCAAAUCUUUACGAACGGCAUCGAAUAUGUUCGUGGUGAAUCUAGCGUUCUGCGAUUUCGUCAUGAUGCUGAAAUCGCCCGUAUUUCUGUAUAACUCGUUCAGCCAAGGGUACGCCAUGGGCCAUAUAGGCUGCCAAAUUUUCGGCACGAUGGGCGCCUCGACCGGAAUCGGCGCCGGAAUGACCAACGCUUGCAUCGCAUACGACAGGUAUACUACGAUCACUAGACCUUUCGAUGGAAAAAUAACUAGAACAAAGGCCUUGGUGAUGAUUAUAUUCGUUUGGUUAUAUGCCACCCCAUGGACGGUACUACCCUUACUAGAAAUUUGGGGUAGAUUUGUGCCUGAGGGUUACCUGACCACUUGCUCCUUCGACUAUCUCACUAGGACUUUCGAUAACAGAUUGUUUGUCGCAUCGAUUUUCACGUUCUCUUACGUCCUACCUAUGAGCCUCAUCAUCUACUUCUACAGCCAAAUCGUCAGCAAAGUGUUCAGUCACGAGAAAGCGUUGAGAGAACAAGCGAAAAAAAUGAACGUCGAAUCGCUGCGCGCCAACCAGCAGCAGCAGGCCGAAUCGGCCGAACUGCGCAUAGCCAAGGCGGCGCUGACCGUCUGCUUCAUGUUCGUGGCGUCGUGGACGCCGUACGCCGUCCUGGCGCUGAUCGGCGCCUUCGGCGACCAAUCGCUGUUGACGCCCGGCGUGUCGAUGAUACCGGCGGUCACGUGCAAGCUGGUCGCCUGCGUCGAUCCCUUCAUCUACGCUAUCAGCCAUCCGAGAUACAGGAUUGAACUUCAAAAUCGCCUUCCAUGGUUGGCGAUCAAAGAAGGGGAUGCUACUUCGACCGCUACCGACGUGGCAACAACAGCAGAAUCAGCUGCGAUAUCAACGUAAAAUCAAAGGAAAAAAUAGUUGUUUCACGAUGUCCCAUAUGAGAUUAAUAUUUUGAUGAUGAUAGUCGCGAAUGAUCAAAACGUCUAAUUCGAAAUCCAAAAACAAAGAUACAAUGAGAACUUGAAAUACGGGGUGUUAUGGAAAUGGUGUUUGGAGGGUGAUUUCUUGUUAUAUUCCAUGAAAAGAGUUCUAUGACCAGAUGUUCGAAAACGUUAGUAUCCGAGAAAUAUCCGAGAGGCAAAGUCAGAAUCUUUGUUUCAAUAAUAUCAGAAUAGCAUUGAUAAUAUUAAGCUUUUCGACCUAUUGAAAAAAUAGCACUCAAUAACUUUUGCAAUUAUUCUAUUUUUUUGGUGGACCAACUAGAAAUGCAUCAUUUUUGGCUGUAGUGUUUUUAAUAUCUCGCUUGGUUCAUGAAAAAACAUUGGAAACCAAGCGUUUGCUCGUUGUGAGUUGUUACAAUAAUAUCGCACCCUCGGAAUUUGUUGUCAUUUCAUUGACACCAUGUUUUUUGAGUUAUCGCUUCAAAUAAACGGGUAAUGAUCGGCUGAAUUCAAAUUCUUUUUUUCUGUGACGGGAAAAAAGUUUGAACUUUCACUUCUGUUGACAAGUUAUAAAAUGUCACUUUUCAUAAAUCGCUUCUUCCCCACGGGAAGAAAGUGAGUACUUUUUUCCCGGAUAUAUAACAGAUAUGUACAGUGUGGAUACUUCAACUGGAAUGAAUUCGUUAGCUUGAAGGUGAAUAUUUUUUCUGAAAAUUCCCGACAGACAUCAACGAUUUAAUGUAUUCACCUACCUUUUGCAACCAAUAUCCAGAAUAUGUCGCUCCAAGGUUGGCUGAAACCACCCUCAACAUUUUCAAAUGGAACCAUAUGGAUUUUAACCCCUAAUUGGAGAGCUGGUGAAAAGAGGAUUCCAGCGUACUCGUCAGAUUUUAGUUUUUCAUAUGUAAUAAGAGAUGAAAUUCCAAACUUCUUUCCCGUCACAGAAAAAACUUCAUUUUUUUGUUUUGUACGAAAAUGAUAUUCUAAAAAACAACAAGAAAUCCCAUUAUGUUGAAAACUUGGAAUGGAACUGUGAAACUAGACCUGGCUAUACAUAUGGACUACGAUUUUCACAUCAUCAUUAUAGGUGAAUUAUAUAUGCUUUAAGAAAAAAAAUGAUAUCGAUAUGUUAUUAUUCUUCUAGAUUUAUAUUCUUGAUUUGUAUAUAGAAUUUAUUUUGUUAUGUUAUUUCGCAGCAAUCACAAUCGAUAUUCCGAACAUUGAAAAAAUACUCCUCUUUUUAAUCAUAAGAGGGGUGCAAAAAUAAAAAUAGAAAUAAAUCUUUGGUACACU